AUGGCUUCAGCAUAUGAACAUGUAGCGCACGAUUGGUCUCGUUUCGCCGAUGUUGUCGAAGAAUCACGAGAGACAUUUUCUCAACUACAAGGUUAUGAAAUCAUGCCAUUAGUCUCACUUGAAAAAGCAACAGAUCCUCUGAUUCCGCACGUUCCAGAAAUCGCACACAUGGUCGAUGCUGUUCGAAGGAAUCUCAUUGAGCCGAAAGAUGGCUUGACUAAUGAUGAAUCCGCCUCGAUUAUGCUCUACUCUAUGCAAUGGAUCCCGAAAGAAUGCUCAUUUUAUCACGCCCUCAAUAAAACUCUGCGCGAUAUAAAUCGCGAAAAGCUUAUACCUCCUUGGCUUCUAUACUUGCGACUAUUCAUGACUGCUCUAGCUAAAAUUCCAUCGACGCCCGGAGAGCAGGUCUAUCGUGGAAUAAAAAAGGAUCUACGACAAUAUUAUCGAGUAGGUUCUUGUUUUAUUUGGGCUGGAUUUUCGUCUUGUACACCUCACAUACACCUACUCGAAAAAGCACCAUUUUUUGGUCAGACAGAUACAAGAACAUUGUUGUCUAUUCAUUGUGAGACUGGAAAAAAUAUUAAAGAACAUUCUUUUUCUCACACGGAAGAUGAAAUCGUCUUCAUGCCUGGUGCAGAAUUCGAAGUCAUCUCAACGCUUGACAUGAAUCAUGCGCUCCAUGUGAUUCAUUUGAAAGAAAUACAAAAUCGAUUUCCUCAUGCUCCGUCUAUCCUACCGUCGCAUGUAACAAGUACUGCGAAAAAAACCUGUCAUAUCAAUGCAAAGAUGAAGCCGGCUUCACAAUCACCGACAACGCAGAACGAAGAGAGUCAAAAGCAAGAGCACUCAUCUGAUCUAGAAAAGAAAGUUCAAAAGCUGACCGAUGCGGAUGUUCAACGAAUUAUUGACGAAUCGCUCGUGCGAAAACAAUGUAUCGAGUUAGAUAUGAGCUGGAACAAAAUUACAGAUGUUGGUGCUUCUCUCAUAGCAAAAGCCUUGACAAAGAAUCAGACACUAUUAACUCUCGAUCUCAAAGGGAAUGAUAUCGACGAAAUAGGAGCUGAAUAUUUUGCCGAUGUGCUUCGACAUAAUAAAACAUUAACUACACUUAAUCUCGGCGGUGAUCUAUUUUUUGGAUACAAUAGCAUAGGCGACACAGGAGUAAAACACAUUGCUGAUGCUCUUCGAGAAAAUCAGACAUUGACCACACUGGAUAUUGGAUCAAAUCAAAUUGGUGAUAUGGGUGCAGAAUAUGUCGCUAAUGCACUUAAAGAGAAUACAACACUAAUAAGUCUCAAUGUAUUCGAAAAUCAAAUCAGUGAAAUAGGAGCAGAAUAUUUAGGUCAGGCCCUCAAACAAAACUCAACACUGAAGACACUCAAUCUUGCAGUAAAUAAAAUUGGCACUGUUGGAGCACAACAUCUUGGCGAUGCUCUUCAUCAGAAUAAGAAACUGACAGUGCUCAAUCUCGAACAUAAUCAAAUCAAAAAUCUUGGAGCACAGCAUCUCGCUGGUGCAAUUCGACAUAAUUCAACACUGACAACACUCGACCUUCGACAGAAUGAAAUCAGCGAUAGUGCAGUUGAGCAUUUUGCUGUUGCUCUUCUACACAACAUAGUAAUUGAUCAAUUAUUAUAA